CGAUCGGCCAGAGGAGAGGAAAGGAAUUGACAAGGAAGUCGCUAACGUAGUGAACGAAUUCAAGGCAACUAGUGCCUGGCUGCAUGUAAACAUUCCUCAUGCUCGAUUGUUUUGCGUCUUGUAGCUUCCGUUCACCACUAUGACAACGGAAGAAAGAUUCAACGCGGCUGUUGAGGUGAUCCGUGGUCUACCAAAGAAUGGAUCAUUUCAGCCUUCACACGAACUUCAGCUCAAGUUCUAUGCCUACUACAAGCAAGCAACACUAGGAUCCGUAGCAGAAUGCAAAGUGCCCAAGCCAAGAUUCUGGGACAUCGUAGGCAAUGCAAAAUGGGAUGCUUGGAUGAAGCUUGGCGACAUGUCAAAACAAGAGGCUAUGGAAAAAUAUGUAGAGGAACUUGUCAAGGUUGUUAAAAAGUGUCAAGAAAAUGCCACAGAGGAGCAGAUUGUCGAGGCAAUGUCGUACACUGACCAUGUGGCCAAGUUUGUGGAUCUUCUUGGCCCCUUGUUUGACUCUGUGCCACCUCAGAUGGCUGCUAUGUUGCCACAGGCCAAAGUGAACGGUAAUCGGGAUUCUGAAGAUGACAUAGAGACAAUCGAAGCUCCAGAGCAGGAGCAGCCAUUGUACUCUAAGGCAGACAAAAAACAGAGUGAAGAGAAACCAGAACGUAAAGCAGCAGCAGGACUGAAUGGCCAUGGAUCUGACUUCGAGAGUGAUGAGGAGGAGGAAUUUUCAGACACCUAUGACCACAUGGGAGACGAGGAUGAGAGUGGAUCACCCGAGCCACGGGAGCAAGAGGCCUCGGGCAUGGUGGCCACUGCAGUGAACGAGGCCCUCAUGAAUGGCUCAGGCCGGGUCUUGGUGCAAGACAACAAGAGCCAGCUUUGGGCUUUCUACCCGGAUGGGUCCAAAAAACCCAAUGGGGAGCUGGCCUUUGUGCGGGGAGGUGGCGACGACAACCCUCACAGGGGUGCACCACUGCCCAGGUCUGGGCCUGGGGCUGGACGCCUGCCCCGAUCACAUCGUCGUCGAGAAGCAGAUGGUGGAGCCGAAGGGCCUGCGUGGCCUACACGGUCAGCUGGGCGAUUGCCUGGCGCGACAGGUGGCAUGGGCAGCGGUGGCGGCAGCGGUGGCCGGCCCCAGCUCGCCCUGGAAGUGAGCGAGCAGCUCGCAGUGGCUGUGCUACGGCUGCAGCAAACCAUGGACGAGGUAGUGGCCCGCCUCGAGGUACUUGAGACCCUACUGCAGCAUGCCAAGGCACCACAAAGCCAGCGCUGGUGGCUCUUUGGAGGUGUUGCACCACACGUCCUGGUGCUCUUGUUUGCCUGGCCUGUGAUGUUUCAGCUUGCCUUCUACAUCUUCAGCCAUCGGAGGCGCAGACAUCUUAGAUGAAUGCUGUAUUUGAAGCCUAAAUGGAUGCAACAGUCAUGAACAAAAGAGAUUGGCAUUCCUUUCACACAAAAGGCCGACUCUUUAAUUAAUGUUCCAGAUUCUGGUGCAGUUUUCAUGUGCACUGGUUAUGUAGUAGGCUUGUUCUUUUAUAUCUUGUGCUGCGAGUAUUUGCAUGGCCACAGCCAGUGAAGUGUCCGACGUACAGCUGUUUGCGGCAGGAAUCAUUGCGUGCAGGUGUUGAUGCUGGUGCAUAAGGCAAGAGGCUUAUGAAACUGAAAAAACAAUUGCGUUUCGGCGUACCUUACCUUUUAAAUGCAUUGUAGUAUUUCUGUUGCAUUGCCCACAAGUAUGCGAAAGCACCGCCGCUUCUUCCUGCUGUCAGCACAAUGUCAAUCCUGCAAUUUGUAGUUGUUAAGAGAGGUGUUGGAGCAGCAUCAUUUAAUGUGUCCGCUGCAAUUGAUUGUGCUUUUCCAUUGAAAACGAUCUUUGAGGUCUUUUUUCUUCUUAAUGCCUGCAAAUUGAUUUGGAAGAAGUUGGACGUACUGUUGGGUGACGUAGCACCUGAAGCAUUAGCAUGUGAAAAUGAUUAUGUAAUAUACAAGCUCCACAGAUGCCUGCACAUAUUUUAGAGACUGUUGUUACAAGAAAGUUUGUUUGUUGUUAUGGCAUUAAUGACUCAAGAAGUCGCAAAAUCCAGAAGCAACAAAGCAUUUUAGUUGCCUUUAGGUACUAUCUUAAUUAAUGCAUCACCCUUGGUUUUAUGAGUAUGUGCAAUAUGUAAAUGACUUGUCUCUAUGCUGUAUGCAUUAAGUUUUUGUAUACACUGUACAUUUUCUUGUCAUUAUAAGCAGGCAUUCUGAAAUGUAAUUUUGUUAGUAAUUAAGGAAAGUUAUUGUUCUUUGUGCUUUUCCUCUACUGGUUUGUGCAAAGUAUUAGCUGAGAAGUACUACAGAAUCUCAUUUCAAAGGAACAUCAAAGCCAGAUAUUAGUCACGCUAUAUUGAUAGAUUAGCGUUUCAAUAUGUAUUAAGUGUGUCAUUGUCAUUAACAUGACUUUCUCAAAGGAGAAAAAAGGACAUUAACAUGAAAGAGGAGUGGGACCACUAUUUCAAAAAUGCGAAAUAAUUAGGUAGGCUCCCACUCAUGUGCCUUGUCCUAGCCACAAUUUGUAAAGGGUAGUCAGAAAUUGGGGAUAAAAAUUGAUUGACUCGUGGGAUUUAACUUCUCCCAAAGCAACUCUGAGGCUUUGAGAGACGGCGCACUGGAAGGCUCCGAAUUAAUUUUGACUACCUGGGGCUCACUAAAGUGCACCUAACUCUAAGUAUACGAGUGUUCUUGUGUUUCACCCCAGUAAAAAUGCUGGCAUUGCGGCCAGGAAUCGAACCCUCGACCUCGUGACAAGCUGCAGAGUGUGAUGGCCACAGGGCUGAGCAAACAUGGCAGGUGGCGAUAAUAAUCAAAGUGCAUUAUAUUGAGAAAGAAGAUGCAGGUUGUGUCACUUCUUUUCCCAUUAAACAAAAAAUAAUUUCCUAAAGGCUCUCUGAUGUGGCUUCUUCACACUGCUCUAUUGGAAGACACUAGGUGCCUUUUGCCUGGUAAUGCAAAGAGCACUGGAGCAUGGAAAUUAAAACAAUUUGUGGAGCACAGAAAUAUUACACUGUGAUGAUGUGUUGAUAUGCAUUGCUCCAUUCAUGGGGAAAUUUAAUCAAAAUGCCUUCAUUUGUUAUUUAGUUUGCUGCUACAGUAAGUCAUGUAGUCUAUCACUCUAGCUUGACUCAAUAUUUGCUUUUGUGUCCCUCAAAAAAAAUUAAACUGCAUCUGGUAAGGCUUGCAUUUCUUGAAGAGAAGUGAGCUUUUUGAUAGAGAAAUCAGGGGUAGGAAUCGUGUGCCAAUUGUGCCAAGCAAAUUGCUGUACCAAAUUGUGCCGAAGUGGAAAAAUGACCGAAACUGCACUGUGCUGUGCAACUUUUGGCAGCUUUGGGCUUUGGCAGGCAUCAGCAUAAGAUCGCCGGCACAGUGCAGGGCGUUAUGUCGUUGGUCUCGGAGUGUGCGUAAAAGUAACUUUGUCAUUCUGGCCGUCAGUGGGCACUAACAUCCACAACCAAUUAAGCCAUCUGAAUAAAACUAAAGGUAGCGACAUUCUUUCAUUUUGCCGUCUGAGCGAGGGCAAGCUAGGAGAGCUGGGGCUUAUCUGCGACUCUUUAUCUGCGACUCGCAUGGUCGUGCUCGCGCUGUUUCCACAGAAAUGCACACGAGCGACUGCAUGCUGCCGGCUGCGCCUUUUGUUUUCUUGUUUUUGUUUUGACUCAAGCCGACGCCAUGACAGCUGCUCUCGAUUGUGAUGCGCAGCCCUAUGGUCGUGGUGAUGGUGAAUCCUGAUAUCGUGUUGAUUGCAUUGCUGUACAGCGCAUUUGGCAAAAUAAAAAAAUGCUAAUUGCAAGGGUGCACUGCAAGGGAAGGUGCUUGUGGCGAGGAGUCUCGAAGAGGGAGAGGUCUAAUUAGGAGGAAUGUUGCUUCCUUUAGUUUAUUCGGAGGGCUUACACCCAACCAUUCAACGUAAACUCCAGUGUCUAGGUACUUCUAGCGAGUCUAGUGAAUGGCAAAGCAAAGUCAAGUAAUGUGCAGAAUGUUGGUUUGAGAUAGUUGGUGCUGUCACAUUGCCUAGAAAUCUCGGGAUAAAGCACUGUGAUGUUCACUAACCCUUGCUCCUUCACAACUUCUGUUGAAAACAACUUUCAUCACUUUGCUAGCACUCAAUACAAAAAUAGUAUGAAAAAUGCCUUUAGGCUGCUCUUCAACACUUCUUCAUUGCUGCAAAAUGAAAGGUUUUGCGACUCUUACCCCCCUUCAAUAUAGUACCACUCUAAAUUGAAAUUUGCAGGCUCUGGACUGCUCUAAUUAAGAGAUGUGUGUGCUACAGACUGCUCCAAAAUUAGAAAUCGUCUGCUGAAGUCACUACAAAAUUACUUUGGACAUUUUUGGGCCUUCCCACCGCUGAGAAAUGUAUCUCAAUUUUUUUCUCCUGUGUAUUGCUUUUUUCUUUCUUUUAAUGAUAGCUUCUUAUGCUGAAAAGUGUCAUUCGUUAGCUGCACAAGCGUUGUUAUGACAGCAUUAGAAAGCUUCUUUUUUAUGUGAUGCUACAGUCAAUUCCGUCCGAAAGUAUAGCCAUAGCAUAACUGUUGUUGAUUACUUUCAAAAUUUUGUUUGAAGAUAGUUACUUCUUUCCGAAUCAAAAGUGGUCAAAUAAUGACCUAAUCACUAUAACUUUGUUUAGCAUAAACUAUAGUGUGGGACCAGAUACCAGCAAUGUGAAAGAACAGCUGAUGGACUCUAGCAGCCACGUUUUAAGUGGUCACCCUCAGUUGAACUUAUUCAAGCCUAGAAUUUCACGACAAAGCUUGGGAUGGGGAAGUUUCGAGGUUAAGCACUUUAUCUCAACACUUGUGUCAGAUUUUGAUGCAAGUGGCUAAAGGAAAGGCAUGUAUGAUAUGGUACCCCAAUAUUGACAGUACACUUGAAGCAUAAAUGUGAGAAUGUGGCAAUCCCGAAAGUGACUACCCGUCUCUCAUUUUCAUUGUGCCGACUUUUUAUGGAGCAGCAUAUUGUGUAGCAACCUAUCAAGCCUUAUGGAUUAACGAAGUAAGACUGCAGGGUAAUGGAGUAAAAUUGUUUAGCGAUGUAAAAAGCUGUGAGGCAAGCAGCCUCUUUGACUACUGCUGUCAGUACUGUUGCUUCUGUGAAAAUGGUAAACGUGGUGUUUGACUACACUAUUUUAGGCUGCCCUGGCAUUUGUAAAGUUGUGGGGUUAUAUUUAGCAGCAUGCUUCUGGCAUUCAUAAAAAACGCUGCAGCUUGCACCGAGUGCAGAAGUGACAUGUCUAAUAUUUCCUCUAUUCAUUACCCAACACAUUCCAGUGUAUUUUUUACCCCAUUAGUACCUUGACAAACUGUCUUGCAAGUGCAAGAUGAAGAGAGUUCGUGUGGCAGUGACAAGCCCGAGAGAUUGAGUUGCUUGAGCACAAGAUGACCAUUCAGGCAGUGCUAUAUAAGCCCAACAAUAGCACUGUUUCUGAAUGUUGUGAAAGUUUGUGGAGAUUCGCUUAUGCAUGGCUUGCGAUUUGUAGAAAUAUGGCAGCUGCAAGGAAUAGUACGCUUCUUGGAGUAUAUUUGUGUACGCUGAAGGCAAAAGGUGAAGUUGAAAUGAGAGUACUGUUCUAAAAUGACAAGUAUGUAAUUGUUGCCAAGAGAACAGGUUCUGUAGACAAGUAAAUAAUGGAAACUUAAUAUACUGGUUAUGCCACCAAUUUUAGAAAUGCGGAAAACAAGCUGCUGCUGUAACUUGCGGUAAUUUGUCCAGAGUGUUCAAUGCUAUUAAGAAGCAAGCUGCAUUGCACCUGACAGUGAAAUGAAAUGCACUUUAGCCGCUCGUAUGGGAUCUUCACUUGGAAAAAAUGUUACUGCGCCAAAAUUACUUUGUUGGCGCUUUUGUGUCACCUGGCAUAGAAGAGUGGCAGGGUUUAUUGGGUGUAGCAGCAAUUUAGAGGCUAAUCAUGAUGUGCAUUCACUUUCAAUCAUGGCUUAUUAAACCUAUGGAAAUAUGAGCUGUCUUCACCUGAUGCAAAGAAGUUAUUUGUUGAGAAAUAUUCUGUGGUACAGUCCAUGCCCAUUGCAACAGAUUCGCAUGCACCUUCGGGUAUAACAAACCAUUCUUGUCACUUACUUUGGUCAGCCUAUAAUAAUGCUAGGAAUUCUGCUACUACGGACAAAUUUUUUUACAGUAUUUGUAUGCAUGAUGCAUAUACAACAUUUUGCUGCGGUGACGCAUCCAUGCAGCAGUGGACUGCAUGCAACUAUUUCCGGCUACUUGUGAUACGUGCCAAAAUUAAAUUUUUCUUAAGGAAAAUACUAGUGGCAAGAUUCCCGCAACUGCAUGACGCCCUGCUGAUUAACGUAGUGUAUUCAGGCCAACCAAGCAAGUGGCUUACCGGUGCCCAUUGCUGUGGGCUUGGUGUAGAGCAGGUGCUGCUAGGCCUAACCCACUUCAUUUUGAAGCCGUAGCAUAUGGCGCUUUAAGCACUAUCACGAACUGCAUCAUUUUGAGAAUGCUUCAAUUUCUUAUUUGCAUAUGAAAGAAGAUAUGCUGCUCUUAGCAGCAUGCACAUUCUGUAGCAUGUGAUGCUGUCGAUUGAGCCACCGCGCACGCAUUGCAGCGGCUGCCAAAUAGGGCUCCGAGUUGCAACCUGUAGCUCUCAUUCAUGCUACAGGUUUGACAUUGGUCGUCGCUUGUCGGAGAUGAAAUUAAGAAACAAACUUAUUCUAACCUUUGUUUUAUCUAAGAGAGAGAGAAAUAACUUUAUUGGGUCCAGCGUUUGUGCCAUCGGCAGCAGCAGUGCACUUGGGCCGAAUGGCCAGCAGGGGAGCUGGCCGCAACAGCAGACAUAUUGCUUGAACACAUCUUUUUUUCUUGCCAACAGGAAAAUCUUGCCAUUGUAUGGAAUAGAAAUGCUCUAAUGUGGGAAACUGCCAACUAUCAGUAGCUAGCAUCAGGAAAACAGUGGACAUCAAGACACUGUGUCGCUGGUUUGCUUGUAUAUCCUGCCACAGCCUCAAUCCACUGAUUUAUUUUAAGAUCACCCCCGGGUUCCAACAAUCAAACAAUAGAGAGCAGUUUAUGUGAAGUUCUGCCAUUUCGCAACAUACUGUGGCCUUAAUUUUGGUUAAAAUGGAUUUCAAAUAUAACGGCUUUCGCUGGGUUAUUAUGGUCUGUUUUAACAAGCAUCGACUGUAUAAUCACUUCAACUAACUAUUUUAUCUUCAGCAUCCCCCAUGUAGUCCAAGGUGGUGUAUUCCAUGCAAACGUUUGCAACAUUUUUUGUACUUUGUCAUGUACUGAAAAGUUGUUGGAUAUAUAGAGCACCAUGUAAAAAAAAAACAAGAACAAAUGGGUGAAAUGUCUAUUUUUGCCUAGUGCCCUUCUGAAGAUGCCUGCUUUGCACAGGCACUAACACGAAAUUGUGCUCAAUGAUAAAUGACAGCAGAGUGGGGAUUUUAAGUUUUGCUGUAUUUGAGGGGCAAAAUGCAGCAUUUCAGUCUCUGUACUUUCUGAAUAGCAGCCUGUAAACAUUUUUUUUUAAAUGUGUACAUUAUGCUCUUUGAUUCAGUUGCAAUCUUUUUGGAUGGCAUGUUUAGACUUUCUUCUGUUGAUCGUACAGAGGUUUAUAUGUGUAGUACUCUAUGUGCUGUUUUAAUAAACCAUGUUUUUAUGAGA